AUAUUUUUAGUCUGUGGUUGAUUGACGACUUCGAGAAGAAGGAAAAAGCUAGCAGACGCAUUUAAUUAUCGUUUUUUCCAGUUUUAUAUAAGUGCAAAAUGGCUAAAAGGAAGAAUAAACCGCUGAUAGACUCGGACUCCAGCAGCGAGUGUUCAGAUUUAGACUCACAAUUCCUCAAUUUAGCGAAGAAAAAGAAGAAAACCGGUGAUUCACCGCCGCAGUCAAAAUCCAAGAGAUCUGGUUCAGGAUCUGACAGUGAAUCCGACUGGGAUGAUGAUGAUAAUAAGAAAAAUAAUUCAAAGUCAUCGUCAUCAUCAGGAUCAGAUUCUGAAAGCGAUGCCAGAAGUGACACAUCAAAGAAAAAGGAACCAGCUCGGACCAGUAGGAAGACUUCGUCAGAGCAUUCAGAUGAUAACCGGAAAAAACCGGAACCUAAAAAGACAGAAACUAGAAGAAGUACUGAUAGUGCUGGGUCAGGAAAAAAGAAAGAGACUUAUAGUGAACCGGAGGAAGGUGAAGUAUCAUCACAUUCGUCAGACAAUGAUUCCAUUGAUUCUGAAGAGGAAUUUGAUGAUGGCUACGAUGAAAACCUCAUGGGAGAUGAAGAGGAUAGGGCUCGCCUCGCCGCCAUGUCCGAAAAAGAGAGAGAACAAGAGAUCUUCAAGAGAAUCGAGAGGAGAGACCUUAUGAAGACCAGAUGGGAGAUAGAACGCAAGCUCCGCCUAGCUCGUCGUUCUGCGGCGGAACGAUCCGCGUCGCCCGGAGAGAUACAGCGGCGGCGCGAGGCAAGGCGCAGGAGACGAGCGCUGCGGGAACAGCGCCAGCGGGAGAGAGAGAGGGACCGCCAGGAGAAGAGAGAGGCUGAAGCUGAACGUCCGGAGCCCAAAGAACCUGAGAAAGAGAAAGAGCAGACACCUCCAAGUCCUGGUGAGAUACUCGACGACCCCAAGGAUGCAGACCCGUCAGAACGUUCCGCCUCCCCCCUAUUCGGGGCAAAGACAGAGCGCAAACGUAACGUGGAUGACAAACGUCAGAACGCAAUGGCGGCGCUCAGAGCUCAACGCGACGCUAAAGCUAGUCGAGUCGAACUUACCCGACAGAAGCGAAGGCAGGAGGAAGAAACUAAAGAUAAAGAUGAUGAUGAUGCGAACGACUACGUUUCUCCUCAGGACGCGGACGCCGAGAUUAUCGGCGGCACUAGCAAGCAGAGCGUCAAACUCAAAGCUUCUGACAUCUAUUCUGACGACUCUGGGUCGGAUUCUGACGAUAAUAAGUCGCAAGGUCGGCGCAGUUCGUCAAGUUCUUCCUCGUCAGACGGAGAACAAGAGGAGAAGAAGCGAGAGAGAGAAGAAGUGGAGAUCAAAUACGCUGACACUAAGGAACAGAUCAAUAAACUUAGACUUAGCAGGUUUAAACUCGAACGUUUGGUGCAUCUUCCAUUCUUCGCUCGCGUCGUCAACGGCUGCUUCGUAAGAAUUGGCAUCGGCAAUAAUAACGGAAAUCCUGUUUAUAGGGUAGCAGAAAUAAUAGACGUAUAUGAAACAGCUAAAGUAUACAAUUUAGGUAACACUAGAACGAAUAAGGGACUUAAGUUAAGGCACGGCACACAGGACAGAGUGUUCCGGUUAGAGUUUGUUAGUAAUCAGGAAUUCACAGAGAGUGAGUUUCAGAAAUGGAACAAAGCGAUCAAAGACGCGAAUAAAAAGCCCCCCACUAUGGACUUCGUUAGAAAUAAGAUACAAGAGGUUAAAGAGGCACUUAUGUAUGAAUUUAAGGAAGAGGACAUAGAGAAAAUAGUAGCUGAAAAGGAUCGAUUCAGAUCACAUCCCACCAACUAUGCCAUGAAGAAAACUCAACUUAUGAAGGAAAGGGAUGUCGCGCAAUUGAGAGGAGACGACGAAACAGUGAUGGAAUUGAACGCGAAAAUACAAGAGUUGGAAGAGCGAGCGAGUCAGUUGGACAAAACUAGAACAUCAUCUAUUCAGAGUAUAUCUUAUAUCAAUAAUAGAAAUAGGAAACUCAAUGUUGAAACUGCUGAAAAGGCUAUCAUGGAAGAGGUAAAAGCGAAUAAAGGCAAAAAAACAGACGAUCCUUUCACGAGGCGACACACUAAACCUGUCAUGAAUUUCAAGUCUGGAGGGAGCAAAACUCAGGAUGUUAUAAGGAGUGAAGAGGAAAUAGCGGAAAUGUUAAAACAGAGAGAAGAAGAAGAGAAAGCAGCUAAAGAACAGAAAGAAAGAGAAAGACUUCAACAACAGCAAGACUUAGAGAAGGCGAAACGCGACAAGCCGGCGGGUAACGACACAAGUUUGUACUCGCUACACGACUUCGAUAUUAACAUCGAACUCGACCUACCUAUAGCCAAAUCAGUAUCAAGCCAGCCCAAACAGGUGACGACGAAAGUGAAAGAAACCGGCCCGAAACGUUCACUUAAUUUAGAAGAAUACAAGAAACGCCACGGGCUCAUAUGAGUGUUAAAAAACAGACUGAAACAGUGCUCGUGAUCUAAGUUCGGAGUAUUGGUGAUUAACGAAAUCAUGGUGACAUCGGUGAUUAACGUGACCGAAAAGUGUAUUGUGGUUAUUAACGAAAUCGCCUCUUAGUUGCAGUGUUGUGGUGAUUAAAAAGUGUUUGUGGUUAUUAGAAGAAUCACCGUUUGUACCAGUGUUUAAAGUGCUUCUACUAUUUCAGUUGCAAAAUGUUUGUGGUGUUAAUAUCACUGCUUUAGUUGCAAAGUGUAUGUGGCGAUUAAUAAUCACCAGUUUAGUUGCAAAAUGUGGUGAUGUGGUGUUGUUAGCUUGCUAUCUUAGAUAUGUAUUUCAUUGCUGUAUAAAUCUUUACUGCAUUAUGUUUUGUGUAAAUUCACAAUGAGGUAAAUGUUAUUAAGUAAAAAAAUUCUAAAAUAACUUACUUGAAAACCUAUUAUUUACACAAAAAGGCGUAAAGGACAAAUCACAAAAUUUGCAGUAAAUAACUCUACAACACAAUUGUAUACCGUAAAAAGCAGUCGAAAUGCGUAAAACAUUGUAAUUGACAUAAUUACCAAUAUAAUCUGAGAUGAAUCGGAUUUUUAAAAUGUACAAAAAGUGAUAGUCUUGCAUUUUAUUUCGUAAUACUUAAUAUUUAAUGCGAUUUUAAUAUUGCACAUUGUAUUGAUAAAUAAAUUGUACUAAGUCGUGUUACUG